AUGCAGCAUUCAUCAGUCAGCCCGAAUGGCUCUGCUCAAACAACUGACUCUCCGCCCUUGGAACUUCCCCAGCAAGAGGCCUUUUGUGAGUCUAGUGACACUGCAUCGCCAGCGGAUUACGGUGCCAUGCAGUCGACAGGAGGAGGGGCGAAUUACGUGGGCAGUGCUCACUGGGCUGCUGUCCUCGAUUCAAUUGCUGAGCUUAAAGAUCAUUUUGACAACGAAGAACCAUCACAUCUGGACGAACAAGUGGAAGAAGACUCAGAUACCGAGGUGUCUGGACCCCAACUAUUAUACGGGUGUCCGAAACCAACUACCAAAGACGAAAUACUUGCGUCAUUACCCAACCGUCAGGUUGUGGACCGUUUGGUGUCUCGCUAUUUUAAUUCUUUCGAGAUGAGUUCUUCCGUGCUACAUACCGUUGAGUUUCUUAAAGAGUAUGAGGCAUUCUGGGAGGCCCCAGCAGCAGCCUCGCUCAUCUGGCUGGGUCUUCUGUUUACAAUAAUGUGCUUAGCAGUUCAGUUCGAAAAUUCUCUAUUGGGCCCUUGUGCCACGGACCCAGCCGCAGUAUUCGCCGAGCAGGAUCUGCAAAACAAGGCGGACAUGUUCAGGCUCCGAAUAUCUCAAUGCCUCGUUCUCGGCAACUACGUCAAGGGCGGCCCUUAUGUUCUCGAGACGCUUAUGCUGUACAUUGCAUCUGAGAUCUUCACUCGCAACGAUGCCGAGAUUGACAUCUGGAUCCUCAUGGGUACUACCGUCCAGAUUGCAAUGCAGAUGGGCUACCAUAGAGACCCCAAGCACUUCAAAGAAUUGUCACCCUUCGCAGCCGAGAUGAGGAGACGUGUUUGGGCGACCAUUAUGGAGAUGGACCUUGGAAUCUCAGCCCAAAUGGGCCUUCCGAGACUUGUCAAGCAGUGGCAGACUGAUACACAAGAACCAUCAAAUCUCCAGGACAGCGAUUUCAACAAGUCUACUCUUGAAAUACCACCGUCAAGGCCACUGACAGAUUUCACACCCAUGCUGUAUCGUCUAGUCAAAGCUAAACUAACGGCCGUUAUUGGAAAUAUCUGGGACUUCCUCGCUGACGUGAGGCCGUACCCUUACACAGAGGUGCAGAAAAUGGACAAGAAGCUCGACGAGGCACGGAAUUCGAUCCCGGAUGGCUUAAGAUGGCACUCUAUCGCCCGAUGUAUCACAGACUCGCCUCAACGGAUCAUGCAAAAAGUUGUUCUCGAAACACUGUCCCACCGGGCCAAGAUUGUGCUGCACAGGAAAUACAUGUUCUGUUCGUCAGCAGAGUCUGCUGACUCCAAGCGCAUAGUCUUGCAGUCUGCGCUUAAACUUCUUGACUACCAGCACAUGCUUCAAGAGGAGACAAAGCCUUUUUGCCAGCUAUACCAUGAAAGAUGGCGAGUGUCUUCGUUAGUAAAUCAUGAUUUCCUUCUGGCGACGAGCAUUCUUUGCUAUUAUCUACAGCACGCUCGCGAGGAGCCACAGCAGUCUGAUGAGCUAUCACCAACGAAUGAAGCCAUCCUGGGGGUUCUCCGGAGGUCUUAUCAUAUCUGGCUGCAGUCGAGCAACCAAUCCAAGGAGGCAAGAAAGGUUGUUAAGGCGCUGAAGGUCGUCCUUGACAUUGGAAAUAGUCAUACACCUUGCACUACUGACUCAGUAGUCGACUCAGACAUUGCUUUUGAUAUCCCUUCCGCAUUUUUGUCUUCCAAUAUGAAUGAAUAUCGCCAAGGGAUUCCGGGUGGGUUCGGCACCCAGUUUCCAGCUCUAAAUGAUCCUUUGAUGUCAAAUUGGGCAAUGCUUGGAGAUGACCUACUCACGAUACCAACUACGACACCUAAUUCGGAAUGGCAAACAAUGGAUGGGUCAUAG